AUGGCCAAAAUAAGUAGCCAACAGCUCUCUGAGCUUCUACUGCAGGCUGAACAACGCUUGGAGGGAAAUCCCACGACAACCACACCCACCGAUAAUGCCCUAGAUGGGACGGUAGCUAUUGCUCCUGUUGCUGCCGCGAUACCCAAAGAAACAGAAGGUUCCGUUCGUAUCGCGAAUAACAAGAAAACAAGCACAAAAACCAAGGAUUCUGCCGGUUCCAACUGGUUUGACCUGCCCAAGACGGUCCUCACGCCAGAGUUUAGGAGAGAUUGGCAAGUUCUCCGUAUGCGAGGCCUGCUAGACCCGAAACACCAGAAAAAGGCUUUGAGGGCGGAGACGCCAAAAUACUCCCAAAUUGGCCAAAUUAUCGAAGGCCCGGCCGACUUCUUCAGCGCAAGACUUGCCCGCAAGGAAAGACGGCAGACUAUACUUGGUGAAGUUAUGAGAGAUCAUUCGAAUGACAAGCUGAAGUCGAAAUAUGCCACCAUACAAAAGAAGAAAACGUCUGGCAAAAAGGCGUUCUACCAGAAGGUUGUCGCACAGCGGCGAAAGGGUGGCGGCUGA